GCCAGUUCAUCAUUCAAAACGCCACUGCAUAACUAUUACAUCUCAUAGAUAGUACAUAAAUCAUCACUCAUUUCGCCGUAAUCAUCAACAUAAAAAAUAAUGUACAGAAUGUUAACGCCAACAUUGGAUAUCCUUUCUCAUGUAUUUGUUAACUAGCCUGUCCCAGAAAUGAAACCACAAUAGUCUGGGAUCAGGAUGUGGUAGGAUUAUGGUCAACAAACUGUCAACGUGCUGAUGUGCUUGUCCUGUUUUUCGGGGAGAAAGGCAAUAAGAAAUAAAGAUAUCAACUUCUCGCACUAAUCCUGUUCAGCAGAGACAACAAAUGAAAGAAAUAUCGGGUAUGUGCUGCCAAUGUAGGGCUCGCAAGACUCAAGAUGAACAGAAAUGAAAACAAACGGUGUGAAUGACCGGAUGGAUGUGCGUUCAAAUUCUAGUCUUAAUUAGCCACACGCACAUAGUUGCGUUCGAAUUCACGCCAGCUGGGAACAUAGAUACCUGGUCACACCAUUUCGGUGUUGGAGACUUGUAUCAACUGUUGGCAGGUUUUAUUCCGUUCCAACAGCUAAGUCAUCGUGUCCCUCGAGAGCAACACCGCCCUCUUCAAUAUCCGAAUCUAUGUAUAUAGGACAACACCAUGGAAUAUAUAAAGAGAGGAAGAAC